AGGAUCGCGUUAUGGAGAGAGGAUGGAGACAGGAUAUGGGUCCGGCUAUGGGACGAAGGAGAGCUAUGGUGGGGAGGAGUAUGGAGGAGAGAGGAGUGAGUAUGAGAGGAAACCAAGUUAUCGGAGAUCGGAGGCAGAGGAAGGAGAGUAUAGGAAGCCGAGUUAUGGGAGGAAAAAUGAUGAUUCGGAUGAUGAAAGGAGGACGAGUCAUGGUUAUGGUGGUGAUGAAGGUUAUGGCCGCAAGAAAUAUGGGGAUGACAACUCUGAUGAUGAUGAGGAGAAGAAGCAUCACCGCUAUAAGCACCACCACCACAGGCGCCAUGAUGAUGAUGAUGAGUAAUCAGACUGGUGGUAAAUCUCUGAAUGGAGUUCGUGCCAUAGUAGCUACUACUAAAUAAAGGUUGAGGCAUGCCUCCUUUGCUGGUAUCUACUACUGUUGCCGAGUGGUUCAUGUGUGUCAGUAACUCUGAUUGUCAAUAAAAUCCCCAAACAUUUGGGUUAUUGUGUUGUGCUUGCAUGAUAUCAACUUGAUGAUGAUUAUGUAAUGAUGCCAUGUGAUGCUUAUGUGUGCCUUUGAAAUUUCUUUCUUUUUCAAGUUCUCCGGACGUUAUCUUGAACCAACACCUUUCCACUGCACCUUUGGGUGUUGAGUUAACUUAAUCAGGAUUCUUAAAAUGAGAAGUGAUUUAUGUUUA